AUGUGUACUUAUCUACCUACUUAUCUCUCCACAUUACUUAUCGCCGUACUGUUGCGAGCCUUGUUGUCUCACAAGCAGUUGACAGUCAGAUUUGUCAUUGUUGAGUGCUCCAAAACAGUGCAUUGCGACAAAGCAUCUAUCUGUCUAUCAAGUCUAUUCAUAUGCAUAUUUGUAUGUCUAUCUAUCUAUCUAUCUAUCUAUCUAUCUAUCUAUCUAUCAGUCUCUUCAGUAUCUAUCUAUCUAUCUAUCUAUCUAUCUAUCUAUCUAUCUAUCUAUCUAUACUUCUAUUCAUCUAUCUAUCUAUCUAUCUAUCUAUCUAUCUAUCUAUCUAUCUAUCUAUCAGUCUCUUCAGUAUCUAUCUAUCUAUCUACCUAUCUAUACUUGUCUGUUUAUAAAUAUAUCUAUCAGUCUCUUCAGUAUCUAUCUAUCAGUCUCUUCAGUAUCUAUCUAUCAGUAUCUAUCUAUCCAUGUAUGUAUCUCUUCAAUAUCUAUCUAUCUAUCAGUCUCUUCAGUAUCUAUCUAUGUAUCUCUUCAGUAUCUAUCUAUCAGUUUCUAUCUAUCUAUCUAUCUAUCUAUCUAUCUAUCUAUCUAUCUAUCUCUUCAUUCAGUCUCUUCUCUCUAUCUAUCUAUCUAUCUAUCUAUCUAUCUCUUCAGUAUCUCUUCAGUAUCUAUCUAUCUAUCUAUCUAUCUAUCUAUCUAUCUAUCUAUCUAUCUAUUCGAUUUUUAAUACUUUCAUAUCUAUCUAUCUAUCUAUCUAUCUAUCUAUCUCAUACUAUCUAUCUAUCUCGAACCAUUUCUUUCUAUCUAUCUAUCUAUCUAUCUAUCUAUCUAUCUAUCUAUCUAUCUAUCUAUCUAUCUCAUGCCAUUUCUUUUUAUCUAUCUCAAGCUAUUUCUAUCUAUCUAUCUAUCUAUCUAUCUAUCUAUCUAUCUAUCUAUCUCAUGCCAUUCCUAUCUAUCUAUCGAUCUAUCUAUAUUGAGAUAGAUAAAAAGAAAGAAAUGGCUUUUAUCUAUCACAAGCCAUUUCUUUUUAUCUAUCUAUCUAUCUAUCUAUCUAUCUAUCUAUCUAUCUAUCUAUCUAUCUAUCAGCCAUUUUUUCUUUCUUUCUUACUUUCACAAUCAGAUCUGUGUUAUCCAUGA